AUGCGCGUGGGGAAGCGGUCGAGGGAUGUGUCUGACUCGGGGAUGGAUCGGGAGUCGAAGUUGAAGGUUUCGAAAGUUGUGAAUGCGUCACCGGAUGAGUUGUUGUCGUCGUCGUCGUCGUCAUUGUCAUUGUCGACCGAGGUCAAGGAUAUACCGCUGGUUUUUAAGGGCCUUACGGUUUAUAUUAACAGCACUUGUCAUCCAGCUGUCUCGGAUCACUAUUUGAAACGGCUUCUUACCAUGCAUGGGGCCACUGUUUCGCUGUCGCUUUCGAGGAAGGUCUCCCAUGUUAUUGUUGCGAAGCCUAAUACCGGGCCUGGCAUGGGUGCCGGUGGGGGACUUGCGGCUUCGAAGUUACAGAAGGAGAUCUCCCGGGGUGGGUGGAAAGGGAUCAAGGUCGUGUUCGUUGAAUGGGCCCUGGAGAGUAUCGAAGCUGGGAAGCGGUUGUCUGAGGCUAGAUUUGCAAUGGAUAUUAUGCCAAAGGGGCAAAGGAGUGUUCUGUCUUUUACUGGGAUCUGA